CUGUCCCGCGGAGGGCGGGGGAGCGAACUGUUGUGGUGCGGUGUGUUGGGCGGGCGGCGGCCGGGUGGCCCAGGGGCUGCCGCGGGACUCGGGGCGCAGCCGAGCGGCUGCAGGGGUGGAGCGAGCCGGACGCGCCCCGGGGCCCGGGCGCCGCGGGUUCGAGGCCGGGUCCCGCGCGGGGAGGCCGUGCCACCCCGGCGGAGCUGCCCGGCGGCGAGUUUGCCCCGCAGCCGAAAGAAGGCGGGAGCCGGCGGGGGCCCUCGAAACCCCCUGGCAAGCCGGGCCCGGAGUCCCCAGGGAGCGGCUGCUACCUGGGACGCCCUCCCGGACGCCCCCGCCGAAGGGUAACGGUUCUGGGCCCCCGGCAGAAGGCGCCUCCGGGUGACCCCCGGCGGGGCCCUACGAGCCGCGGGAGCCGACCCCGGGGCCUCGAGCGGGGAGGAAGGGGCUUUCCGGAGGCGCGGGGCCAGGGGCCGAAGGAGCCGGAGCGCAGCGGAGCAGAGCCGGGCCUCCUGGGCGCGGGGCAGGGCAGCGCCUGGUCUGGAGACGGACUCCGGGACCCUCGGGUGCGGGGGCCUCGGCGACCUGCCCCGCGGGGCGCGCGGCCGCGGAGUGGCCUACUGGGGAUCCUCCCGCAGAGGGGCCGGCCCGGGGCGGGGAGAUGAACGGCUUUAGCACGGAGGAGGACAGCCGCGAAGGGCCCCCCGCCGCCCCCGCCGCCGCCCCGGGCUACGGCCAGAGCUGCUGCCUCAUCGAGGACGGCGAGCGCUGCGUCCGGCCCGCGGGCAACGCCUCCUUCAGCAAGAGGGUCCAGAAGAGCAUCUCGCAGAAGAAACUCAAGCUGGACAUCGACAAGAGCGUAAGGCACCUGUAUAUCUGCGACUUCCACAAAAAUUUCAUCCAGAGUGUACGAAAUAAAAGGAAGAGGAAGACAAGUGACGAUGGCGGAGAUUCUCCUGAGCACGACACUGACAUUCCUGAGGUUGACCUGUUCCAGCUGCAGGUGAACACUCUACGGCGUUAUAAACGACACUACAAAUUGCAGACCAGACCAGGCUUCAAUAAGGCCCAGUUAGCAGAAACUGUCAGCCGACACUUCAGGAACAUACCUGUGAAUGAAAAAGAGACCCUCGCCUACUUCAUCUACAUGGUGAAGAGUAACAAGAGUAGACUGGACCAGAAAUCGGAGGGCGGCAAGCAGCUUGAGUGAGGAAGAAGUGCAUCAAGGAGCAAAGUAUGAUGCUUAAUGCACAGGUGAUAUCUGCCACGUUUAGGCCCAUAAAGACUGUUAAAUUUUAUUGUAAAUAAAGAAGUUUGAAUGAUGAAUACUGUAAAUCUUUUCGGUCAGGAGAAUCAUAUUCUCAUGAGUCAGCAUGUUAUACAAAGACUUUCUUUUAAGGCAACUGCUGGACUGAAAAAAAAGACCAUAAUGAGAUUGAGAGACUAUGUAUUGUAGCAUUUAACAAAGCACUAAGCCAAUUCUACUGGAAGUGUGGGAUAAAAAAUAUUUCGGUACUCACCUUGUAAUACCACUCUGCCUUGUGUGAGAGGUGGCACUGGGACAGCAGUGAGGCCCAGCCAGCUUGAGGAGCGGUAGACCCGGGUCUGCCGGGAACAGACAGACGUGCCCCCGCUUUGUUGUGAGCUUUGUCGUUUAGCAGCACAUCAGUUUGACAGCGGUCCUCCUCACUGGCCCCAUGCCUUGCCUUGCACACGGUAGGCACUCGAACAGUAUCUGUUGGCUAGUUGCACUGUCACUGACCGUGCCAGCCUCGUAACAUCUGCUUCACACCUCUAGGUAAUGAGACCCCUGCUAUUUCUGUUGCUCACCACUUAACUUCUAGAGUACGGAGGAAGUCCUGAUGCACCAGCAGGAGGUUUCUCAUCACAAGAGGAUUUGAGGGCAAGCGCAUGUGCCAAGCUUUGUUCAUGGAGGUUCCAGAAACACUGAUGCAGAGACCCUCACAGGAGACGCAGCCCUCUGCACACCAUCUGUGCUUUACUUUUUGGGGUGAAGUUACGAAUUAUGACUUCAGUCAUUCUAGGCCAUAAAUGCUUUGACAGAUGGAGAUAUUUAGUGAUCUGGGGCCUGUGUUUUCAGAAGUACGAAUCCUUAGUUCACAACCACCAAGAAAGCUGCCAAGGAUCAUGUAAUUCCUGCUCAUAAGUCCAGUUCUGGGACAAAAAGUCUGACUAGCCUUGACUCCCUGGGCUCGGGGUCACCAGCAAAUCAUGAGUUUGAGCUAUUCGCAAAGGUCAGUGCCAUUGUUCAUUUUUCUGAGCAGUUUGCCUCCCUUUUAGGGGAAAAGAUUGCUAAAAUGAUUUUUUUUUAAAGUAUGAAUAAUUACCUGAGUUUUUUUAAUGUUCAAAACCUCAGAUUCCUCUAUCUUCUUAUAUCAGAGCCAAAGUCUCCUUUGAAAGCAAAGCUUUAUACCCAAAAAUAUGCUUUUGAAAAAGUUUCUAAUCAGUGUAUUAGGGGACAAAGGAUGUGAAUAGGGGCUGGGAGAAAAAGAGAAGAAAAGGACUUGGAUUCUAAUUUCUGACCGUCUUGACAUGUACUGUGGUCAAAAGUAUCACUUUCUUACUCAGUUUCAAUUGUGAGUUCUUUCUUAAGCCUUAAAUUGUAAAAGGAGCCGUGGAUGGCCUGGCCCGGCAGAAAGUUUUAAUGUCCCACAGAUGGCUUACUCUGGGCAUCAGCACAGAGAAGUCAGAACAAAACCCCACUAAGCAGGGUGGUGCACUUUCUGAAGGUCUCCGCUCUGUGAGGCAGAGGGCCAUGCUCUCCGUGGACCGGGGACAGGCCACCCUGUCACUAAAAUGCAGUGUGUUCCAUUGCAGCAAAUUUUCACCAGUGUUCAGAAUGCACGUCUAGCAGAUUACAGCCUUUUUAAAUAUGUAUAAAUGAAUGUACAUAGAGCAUACUCUAGACUAUGAGGGGAUCUUAUUUUAAUACACCCGGCUAUGGAUGGCACGUCAAGGUACUCUCUGAGUGUUUUUAGUCAUUCAGAUUCAGUAUGUAGAGAUUGUCGUACUGCGUGUAGCUGAAAGAUGUUGGUGUGUGGACAUCAGGAAGGCUCAAAGGUUAUGUGGCUUGUAUGGGUUUUUUCCUAAGAGGCUGAGUUAGAAAGGCUUUGGAGGCAUCAAACACCAAGCCCCCCCCCCCUCGCCUUGUCAAGGGGAGUGUUUUCUCAUCAGGCUGCAGUUUGGGGGGCCAGAUAGGCCUAGAGGUUAAGGCACUGGUAACCCGCUGUCUGGAAAGGUCCGUCUCUUGUCGAGAAAGUGUACCUUUCUGAUGUGUAAGUGAAAAUUGCAGAUGUGUAGAUCCUGUCACUGUUUCUUGAACAGCAGGUCCGUUUCCCAGUGGGGAGAGACAGCAGUACGUUUCUGUACAAGAAACUGUGGUAUUAGGAUCCAUCUGUUCACGUGUAUCGGUAAGCGCGCUCUGGUUCCAGCCAGAACCCCAGGGAGACUCGCACCUUCGGCCAGACGUUGUGCCGCCUCUCCUUGGAAGAGGUGCUUUUGGAAAAUGGAGGUCGUGGGUAUCUUUUCACCCUUUGAAAACGUGUCAGAUGAGAGAAAAGACAAAGCUAUCUGAACUGACGUUUCUCAUGUGUGCAGAAAUCUGUUCUUUCAUCAAACCACUAAGCCGCUUGCCUUAGCCUCUUCUGCAGUUUCCCAUGGCUUGAUCUGUGUGCAGGAGGCUUCUGCCUAUGGGAAAUGGCGGGGCCCUCCGAAGGAGUGGGGUUUGGGGAAAGCAGUGUUCAUCUUGGCUGCCUACAUUUUUACGCACCUGCCAAGGACUCUUGCGCUUCUCUCUGCCUGUAAUGUUGCAACAUUGCCUUCUCUCCUCUUGGUGCUCCUGGGCAAAACUGGAAUGUGAAAUCCAGAGCGGACGUUGUCUUCUUAAAGAGUAUGGUGCCUGCCUCGGUCCAGCCUGGUGUGGUUCUUUCAUAUGUGCUGAAGGCUGUCACGUGGAAAUGUCAGCAUCCUGCCACUCCUGUCGCUCUGAUUUAGGGUUUUAAAAAAACAAAUGGACAAACUUCUUAUUUCAGCAAACACACUCUUAGGUUGGCAACAGCAUGUGAAAAAGAUCGUAGCUGAAUCCCAUGAAAGAUUGAAACCAAAGGCUUCAAGAUUGGCAUUGUAAAAUGACAAGGAAUUUCACUUAUGUGUUAGAGCCGCCAAGUUGGUAGAUGUUCCUGACAUAGCUAAAUAUUCACUGCUAGCCUUCCAGGGAACAGAUAUUAAUAAUUGUUUGCAGCUGGAAUGUCACAUCUAACCUUGGCAUUUCCGCUGCUUAUUUUGUGGGAACUUCUUGGUUAAUAUCCUGCAGGACAACCAGCUGGUAGACGAGGGAGAAAGUAGGAGAGGGGACUUACUCGGGAGCCCUUAUCUGUUGAAGUAGGCUGUCCAGACCGUGGAUCCCAGCAAAGUUGCUUCAUGGAAGUCCCCUAAAGGCUCUCAGUCCUUAUAAUGGUGAGAUCCAAAAGUAGGGAAAGGGUCUUUAAGUCAUCAGUCCGGUCUCCCACAGGUGCUGACAUUCUGCCUACAGCUGUCCCACCAAGGAUUUGAGCAGUCUGGGUUUAAACAUCUCUGAGGACAGGGAACUCACUACCUCCUGGGGAAGCCUGCUCUAUCUUUGUAAACCUCUGGCUUUUCUAUGUUCUCUGUAAUUUCCAUCUUAGUCUGUCCCCAGUAGGGGCCAUGUGGAACAAGUUGUUCAUCUUGGCCAAGGACCCAAUCGCUGGCACUGUCCCAUGGCCUAGCAGCCAUCUUUUGGAAAGGAGCAGCUGGCAGAUGAACACUUUGAUGUGCUGACUGUCCUUCCCCCUCAGCAUUGGUCCAUUUAGCUCCUUGUUGAAGGAUGUUGCGGAAACCCCAUCAGCCUGGUUAUACUCGUUGCCGCUGAAGCUAACGGAGGGGUCAAGAGAGGAAGGGAUGCUAUCAGCCUGAUAAAUAACCUAAGAAGGGGUGAGACCCUGGUUCCAUGCUUGCCACACAAAAACGGAUGCUCACAUCACUCAGGAAGAGUUUUAGCUAGAAGAUUGUAAAACACUGCUCCCUGUGGAGUGUAAAGGUUCCACGGCUACUGAGGGCUUGUACCUUAAAAUUUCUGCAAGUUCUUCACACGUUUUUAUUGAGCAAACGAAGCUUAGGAUACCUUGAGGGGAGGGGUACACCACAUGUCUCUGUGUCCUAGAAGUGCCAUACUUUCAAUCUGGAAAGUCCUUUAAGGUUGCUGGUGCGCCCUCAUUCAUUUUAAAGACAGGAGACUAAAAUUCAGAUCAACUUGCCCAAGUCACAUGGCACUAUCUGGACUAACAUCUCAUCCUCCUGACCUGUCCAGAGCUCUGCUCACUCUCUGACUUGCACAGGACUCAAAUCCUGUCUAAUGUAACUGCCUUCAGAUUCUUGAGACCUGGCCACUGAGCAGAGAGGUUCCCAAGGCCAUCUCUUCGGGGCUGUGAACCACCAUGCUGAGCUGCUCAAGGUCGUGUGAAAUGAUUAGGAAAGCAGUCAGCUGAGUUUGCACAAUGAAUGUGAGGGGAGAACAGUUCUAGCUUAUGACUUAAGACUGUGAUUCAGAAGCCCUUGCGGGAGACAUAGUGUUGCCCUAGAAUCUAAGUUCUCACAAAAUGGGCUUGCUCUGUGAUCUGUUGGUCAGGCUUCUGCCUUUCAUGUGGUCCUCUGGGGUUGUGUCACUCAGAUGGCCCUGACUCGGACAGACACAGCUCUGACGCCCUGUGAUUCCCAGCCUCCCGGCCCCUGUUACUGGGCUAGGCAGUUGAACUGAAGGACAAAAGUAAACUCAAGGUCAUGGCCUGGAAAGCACGGUGUUUGGGGGUGCCUUUUUAGUCCCUUCAUUUUAUUGCAGACUGUUCCCAAGUUCAAGGUUGGGUCAAGUUGAUCUGAUGUUUUGAGAUGGAGUCUAGUCUGGGGCAAGGUGGGAACCUCUUCUUAAGGUAGAAAUGUCUGCAAUCAGUUAUUUCACCUGGCUUGCGUCUUAAACCACAAACCCUCCGGUUGCUCUCACUCCAUGAAUGCAUCUUCGCCAAUGGCGGAGGGUCAUACAGGACCCCUGUUUUACGUGUCUCCUCUCCAUUAUGCCCAUCAGAAUGUUUUCAGGGUGUGGGUUUGUUCUCCAUUUUGUAACUGCCUUAUCAAAAAGCAAGUGCCCUUCCAUUCCAGGCCUCCUCAUACUGUACUUGUUUCCUGCCAAAUUUGGGGGAUCACUUGUAUUUUAAUUUUGUAAUCUAUGGCUCUGUACUGUUGAAAGGCUCUCCAUUCUGUGGGGUCUCCUUAGUAUGUACGUGACUUUUCAUGUUGCAAUAUCACACGGAUGGGACGGCCCGACUUUCACUCUUAAUAAACGAUCUGAAUGAAUAACAAGA